AUGUUGGCUUUUCAUUCUUUAACUUCUGGUUGCGAUACCUUUUCCACAUUUUGUGGUAUUGAUGAUGAAUGUCAUGCUGUGUUGCAGCGAUUUGUUAUUCUACUUUAUGAUCGAGCAUCAGAUUUUCAGAACAUCAAUGACUGCAGAAGAGUGUUGUUUACAAGAAAGAAUCGAGCGAUCGAAAACAUUCCUCCUACAGCAGAUGCUUUAGCACAACAUAUUAAACGUGCUACUCUUCAAGCAAGCAUCUGGAACAACAGCCUCGAUUCACAAUACGUAAUUCCUUCCCCAACCAAUUGGGGAUGGACUGUGACUUCGGAUGGAUCAUACCGAUCUGUGUGGACAAUAACUCCGGAAGUGGCAAAACACUGUGUACAACUUACCACUUGUACUUGCCGCAAGAGAUGCACAUCUUGUAAAUGUAUUAAAAUGGAAAUACGAUGUAAAAAAUUUAGUGUAUGUGAAGGACAGUGCUCCGACAGUGAUCGGUAA